UCCUCGAUCCUCCGCCAGAUCGUUGCAGGUCCACGACUCCAACAUCCAGAAGCUGGCCUGGAUCUAUGCUACGUGACUGAUAACAUCAUCGCAACCUCCGGUCCAUCUGCAACAUACCCCCAACGCGCAUACCGCAACCCUCUCGACGAGCUAGUCAAGUUCCUCGACUCCAAACAUGGCGAGAACUGGUGUAUCUGGGAGUUUCGCGCCGAGGGCACCGGAUACCCGGAUUCCGAGGUGUAUAAUCGCAUUCAUCACUUCCCGUGGCCGGAUCACCAUCCACCGCCCUUUGCGCUGAUCCCGAAUAUUAUGGGCAGUAUGCGGAAUUGGCUGCAUCGAUUAGAUGUCAAGGGUGGAGAUAAAGACGCGGGCGAGAAGGACGCGCAGAAGAGAGUCGCCGUGGUACACUGCAAGGCGGGCAAAGGUCGCAGUGGGACUAUUGCGACCUCGUAUCUGAUCAGCCAAGAAGGGUGGAAGAAGGAGGAUGCACUGCAACAGUUUACGGACCGGCGCAUGCGAGUCGGUUUCGGGAACGGGGUGAGCAUCCCUAGUCAGCUACGGUAUGUUGGGUAUGUCGAUCGAUGGACGAACCAACUGGGGAAGCAAUACGUGGAACGACCAGUGGAAAUCCUAGAGAUUCAUAUCUGGGGACUCCGAGAUGGUGUCAAGGUCGCCGUGGAGGGAUACGUGGACGAAGGCAAGAAGAUCAAAUGCUUCCACCUAUUCCACCGCAACGAGCGCACCGUCGUCGAAGCCGGCAACAACGAUACCACAUCCACACCCUCUCAAGAUAACCUCGACACCAAAGACUCGCCAACAAAACCGAUCAAUACAGCUGCGACCUGGUCCCCGCUCGCCACACAAUCCGACUCAUCGUCCGCAUCCGAACUCUCCCGUCCAGCAACAAUCUCACCCAACCUCUCCGCCAUGAUGUUCCGCCCUAACAAACGCAUCAUCCUACCAAGCUCCGACGUAAACAUCGACUUUGAACGACGCAGCAAAGCCUCCUAUACAGGAUUCGCCAUGGUAACAUCCGUCGCACAUGUCUGGUUCAAUGUAUUCUUUGAAGGCGGGUCCGAGCACGACUCGGGCGUUUUCGAGACGGAAUGGGAUGCGAUGGAUGGGAUCAAGGGGAGUGCGAGGAAGGGAAUUCGCGCCUUUGAGCGGUUAAAGGUUGUUUGGCGGUAUCCGGAGCAGGACGCGCAGCGAGAUUCGAGUGCGUCUACGGCGGGGAAACCUAUUAGUGAACCCAAGCCUGGCGAACCCGUUCAUGAGAGUGUUCCUGCGGAUUGGCGGGGGAAGAAAAGUGAUGAUGGCGAGGGCGUUGGGGAAACGCGGAAACAAGAGAAUAUCCCACCGGCUACAGGUCAGGAUCCAUCGGGGGAUUCCCGGACUGGUCCCAGUACGACGGGGUCGACAUUGCUAGCCGUCGGUGCGGGCUCUCUUCAUGCACUAGAGAAGCAACUCGGGUUACGCAAGCAGACGGAUGAAAGUAAAGAUGUGAGUUUGGCGGGUAGUGAUGACGAAGCUCGUGAUGGGACGGAUGAAGAAGGGCGGGCGAAGAGGGCUAAGGCUGCUGUGGAGAAGUCGGAGGAGAAUGGGGAUUUGGAGGGUGUUCAGUCUUAUUUUAAGAAUGGGGAUGCAGUGAAAGUGAAGGGUGAUGAUGGGAAAGAGUCGUGA